GGAGUGUGUGUUGUGUGAAAUAUAGUGCCGGGGCAGCGGAGCCGAGACAAAAGACGCUGCGGCUGCGUUGAACGAGGUGGUCCGUCCGUCCGUCUCGGGAAGCCACAAGCGAGCGAGCCCACACCACCACCCCCAACACACACACACACACACACACACACACUCACACCCUCUCCGGCCUUUGUACGUUUGACGGCGUAAGAAAAGGACGUGGUGGGACGGAUAACAGCGGCGCAGUAAGGCGGCGGGGUAAUUGUGUGUGUGUGUGGGGGGGGGAGGUUUUCCUCUCUUUCCGAUCUCCUCGGCCGCGGUCGGAAGUGCGGGGGUCGGGGCAGGCUCGGGAACUCAUCUCGGGCGCAUCUCUCGCCGUAACACGUCGAGCGCGGGGUGGCCGGAGACAGCCCCCAGAACAAAGGAGGCUCCGCGACGAGCCAGCCGAGCCGAGACUAGCUCCCGAAAGCAGGCCAGAUGCCUCUCUGGAAGCCCACCGCGUGAGCAGGUCAGCCCGUCCCGUUUUUCCAAGGAAGCCCUUCGCGCGACGAAAGGAGAGGGAGACGGAAACAAAGCGAGAGAGAGGGAGGGGGGGAGGACAGAACACACGCUCGAGUCAAGUCGGCGGCUACAAUGUUUCCUCAGAACCGACCACCGGCUCCUCUACAGGCACCUCCGGGGUCCUCUGCCUCUGUGGCGGCGGCGGCUGCAGCGGCGGCGGCGGCGUCUGGGGCGCCUCAGUCCCUGAAGCUGACGUACCCGGAAACCCUGGACCGCAUCAAGGAAGAGUUCCAGUUCCUCCAAACCCAGUACCACAGUUUGAAGCUGGAAUGUGAGAAACUGGCCACAGAGAAGACCGAGAUCCAGAGGCAUUACGUUAUGUACUAUGAGAUGUCCUACGGCCUUAACAUCGAAAUGCAUAAACAGACGGAGAUUGCCAAGCGGUUGAACGUGAUCUGUGCUCAGCUCAUCCCAUUCCUGUCACAGGAGCACCAACAACAGGUGGUCCAGGCCAUGGAGCGCGCCAAGCAGGUGACUAUGGGGGAGUUAAAUGCGUCGAUUGGGCAGCAGCUCCAGGCCCAGCAUCUCUCGCAGCAUGCCGCCCAGGGUCUGCCCAUGGGCCCCCACCCAUCAGGACUGCCCCAUCCGGGGCUGGCGCUGGGUGGGGGUUCCGGCUUGCUGGCACUGUCUGGAGCACUCGGCGCCCAGCUGGCUGCCAAGGACGAGAGGGCGCACCUGGAAGCAGCAGCCGCCGCCGCCGCUGCCGCAGAGCACCACAGAGACCGUGAAGCAGGACCGAGUUCUCUUUCCAAUGGAGACAAGGGACGCCCGACAGACUACCUCAGCAAUGGCAAGAAAAGGAAAGCUGAUGAGAAGGAGUUCAUGACAGACUAUGGCAGCGAUGCAGAUAAGAGUGAUGAUAAUUUGGUGGUAGAUGAGGACCCAUCGUCUCCGCGCAGCGUACAGUCCUACUCAUCCAGGGAGAACGGCCUGGACAAGAUGCCCCCAUCCCGUAAGGAGGGGCCCCCACAGGCCAGCCCCACCUCCCUGGCUUCUUCCAGCAGCGCCUCCCCCUCACGUAGUAAAGAGCCGCUGCAGAGGGAGAAAUCCAGUACCCCGGGUAUGAAGCCAGGGACCCCCAUGUCUCAGGAGUCCAACACCCCAGGACCCAGCGGACCCCCACAGUUCCGCCCCGUCCCCGGCAAACCCGGCGUGGACCCCCUGGCUCUGGGUCUCAGAAACCCCCUCACAGUUCAAGGAGCCUACCCCCCGGGGGCCUUUGGCCUCCCGCCUCCUGGAGUGAACGGUGAGCUGCCCGGGGCGGUGGGCUACGGUCCCGGCCUCCACCUGGUCUCCCCCCAAAUGAACGGAUCUGCUGCCGCCGCCGCCGCAGCAGCAGCCGCAGCAGGCUAUGGCCGAUCACCCGUGGUGGGCUACGAGUCCCCCCACCCACAUAUGAGGGUUCCCGGGCUGCCUGCCAGCCUGCAGUCAUCCGCCUCAGGAAAACCUGCCUACUCGUUCCACGUGAGUGCGGACGGCCAGAUGCAGCCGGUGCCCUUCCCCCCGGACGCCCUGCUGGGCCCGGGCAUCCCGCGUCACGCCCGGCAGAUCCACACACUGAACCACGGGGAGGUGGUGUGCGCCGUCACCAUCAGCACGUCCACACGCCACGUCUACACUGGAGGCAAGGGUUGCGUCAAGGUGUGGGACAUCAGCCAACCUGGCAGCAAGAGCCCCAUGGCCCAGCUGGACUGUCUGAACAGAGACAACUACAUCCGCUCUUGCAAGCUGCUCCCGGAUGGGAGGACAUUGAUCGUGGGCGGGGAGGCCAGCACGCUGUCAAUCUGGGAUCUGGCCACGCCCACUCCCCGCAUUAAGGCGGAGCUUACGUCGUCUGCCCCCGCCUGCUACGCUCUGGCCAUCUCCCCCGACAACAAGGUCUGCUUCUCCUGCUGCAGCGACGGGAACAUCGUGGUCUGGGACCUCCACAACCAGACCCUGGUCAGGCAGUUCCAGGGCCACACAGACGGGGCCAGCUGCAUCGACAUCUCCAACGACGGCACCAAGCUGUGGACGGGGGGGCUGGACAACACAGUCCGCUGCUGGGACCUCCGAGAGGGACGACAGCUCCAGCAACACGACUUCACCUCGCAGAUCUUCUCUUUGGGUUACUGUCCGACUGGGGAGUGGCUGGCUGUGGGCAUGGAGAGCAGUAACGUGGAAGUGCUGCACGUCUCCAAACCUGACAAGUACCAGCUGCACCUACAUGAGAGCUGCGUGCUCUCCCUCAAGUUCGCCUACUGCGGUAAAUGGUUUGUGAGCACAGGCAAAGAUAACCUCCUCAACGCAUGGCGGACGCCUUAUGGAUCCAGCAUAUUCCAGUCCAAGGAGUCCUCAUCGGUUCUCAGCUGUGACAUCUCCCCCGACGACCAAUUCAUCGUGACUGGCUCCGGGGACAAGAAGGCCACAGUCUACGAAGUUAUCUACUGACAAGAAUGCUGAUUGGUCUGAAAAAAAAUCAAUAAUAAUCAGGGGCGGGGCUACGACACCCCCCCUCCCCUCCCCCCCGGACCAAUGACUGUACAGAGAGUCGGUGGCAUGGAAACGAGACACUCACUUGUACUUUGUUGUUUUGUUUACGGUUGUGAAAGGGGUGAAAGAGAGAGAGAGAGAGAGAGAGAGAGAGAGAGAGAGAGAGAGAGAGAGAGAGAGAGAGAGAGAGGCAAGGGGCACAAAGUCACAUCUCUGGAAGAACCGAACAUUGAACUGUUUUUAAUGCUCUGAGAACGCUGGUUAGUCUAUAGCUGCGCAAAUGUGGGAUUCCUCCAAAGAACUGUUUUGAUCUUUUAUUUUGGUUUAUUUUUUGUUUGUUUAUGUUUCGUUUUUGUCUUAAUUUUUUCCUCCUUUUUUUAACAAAAUAAAACCUCUGUAGUGGACAAGAAAUUAGCAGAAAGAUUCUUAUUUUUUUAGACUUUAAAUUUUGUGUCAAGUAGUUGGAGCGUGUGAAGCGGAGAAAGGGAAGGGGGGGGGCAGAGAUGGCGUGGAGGGGGGCGAAGGGAGGCCGGAAACUCGGACCGAGAGAUGGGCAGCCAUGUUUUUGUGCGCCGUACGGAGUCCCGUCCUGGUGUGGCUGGUCGCAUCUCAGCGUGGUGCAGCCUGGGUCCUCCUCCCCCGGGGCCUCGCCCUCAGGUGGAAGGAGGCGGAUGGCAGGAUGGCGUACUGGCCAGCCCUGACUACUGUUGUGUUUUUAUUUUCCUGGUUAGAUUUCAGCGGCAACAUGAUUGUAUUAUCUCUGGUACAUAAAUAAAUAAGUCUUUAUGGACAGGAUGAGGGGAAACAAAGGGUCGGGCUUUUACCCAAAUGCAUUUUGACAAAGGUGCAAAGUUUAUCUUUGCUCCAUUCUCUUACAUUAGAUACCAAGGAUGUCUUCUUGAAUUGCCUUUUGGGGAUCCUUGCCCCGCACACAACACUACUACUACUACUACUACUAUUACUACUACUACUAGUACUACCCUAGGGCAUAAAACGCAACCCGACUCCAUAAGCACUCAUAUAACAGGUACAAUCUGGUUCCAGGCGAAGUGGCUACUACUCUUGACUCAUUAACAUUCGACGUUAAAUGUGUUUUUCUAUCGUAUUUGUUAGGACACAUAGGCAGACAGGUAUUUUCACAACUGCAUCGUGAACCUUGACCUUGCUCUAUAUGGACAUGUAAAUAAAGUUCUCUAAAGGCAAACGAGGAUGUCA